AUAAACUUUGCUGAUAUAUAUUAAUAUAACACUUGAUUGCAACUAUAUACAAAACAAAAAGACCAAAUGGUUGACGUAGCUACUGUUGGAAACGAAACUCGUUGUGUAUUGUGUGAUGUAAGUGAUUUAAAUUUUAGGCACUACAACUGCAGUCCGCGUCACAGUAUUUGCUCUAUUUGCUUUUCGGCUCUUAAAUCACUACCAAACUCCGAAAAUGAUGUCAUUACUUCGGAUUGUAUUGUUUGUAAAUCGAGUACAAUGUUUCCUGAUGAAAUUGUUAAAUAUAAAGAGGAUACUGGUUCAACGGAUAAUAAUACUUUACAACAAGCGGAAUUUUCAGGUGUUUAUUCGGAAGAAUACCAAGAGUCUUGUAGCGAAGAGUUUGAUAACAAGUUUGAAACUAUUCUUAAUUCGAUAAAACAGAAAAAAGAAUACUUUAGAACUAAAUUUAGAAUAUUUGAUCUAGUUAAAAAAGCCAAGUUGAAUAUGCUAAAUAAAUCAAUAAACGGUUUUGAACAAAUAAGAAGGGACUGUCCUCCAACCGCUGAUAUUGCCUUUAAAUCACUUAAAAAGUUAAAAAAAAAACAUAAACUCCUCUCAAGAGCUUCACUUAAUUUACAGUUGGUUGGUUUAGAUAGUUUACAAAUGAAAAUACAUUAUUCAAUGCUUGAAAAACCCUAUUACACUUAUAGUCAUGAAUUUUCAAAUGCUGUAACUCUAGUUGGUUGCUAUAAUUGUUUUUAUCUACUGACAAAUGAUACCUUAUACGAAAUAGGCAAAGGGGAAGCUACACCUUAUUCUUAUACUAAUUUUGUUGAUUUAGAAGUCUACAAGAAGCAAUUGUUUCUUUUAAGAAAAGCUGAAGAUGAGGAAAUGAAUAUGCUUCCACCAGCUAUUUUUAAAUGGGAUAAUAAUAGUAAUAGAAAAUUCUUGAUACAGUGUCCCUUCGAAAGGUCAAAUGAAGAUUUAGAUUACAAGAAUACUAUUUGCUUUCAAUAUCAGAAUGAUCUAUUAUUCUACGAAACGAAUACUGGAAAAGUAGCAAAAUUUUGUGAUAUAUUUUUCUAUGGAAAAUGGUUUCAUAGAGAAAUAAAGGGCCAGUAUUUAUAUCUUUUAGGAGAUCAAUUAAACUUGCAAAAGUUUAAUUUAAAUUCUAUAAUCAACGAAACUAAUUACCAAGGAGAGAAUCUACAUAUAAACUUAAUUGAAGAAAAUAUAUCAAUAAGAAACGAUAUUAUCAGUAAAAUUCAACAGAAUUUUCUUCUAUUUACAAAUGAUUUCUAUAUAUUUAUAAUAGAUCCUACAAAUGAUGAAGUUAAAGCCUAUCCUCAAAGAGUACUGUUUGAGAAGAAUCGAUUAUAUACAUACUUCAGAAAUGAGAAUGAAGUACAUUUUUGCCUUGUUGAAAAGCGAUAUUCGACUAUUAACUUUACGUUUGAAGCGUUCAAGUUGUUUAGGUGAGGAAGAAGGGAGGAGAGAAAAGAUACAUCAUUUAUUAUAAUAUAAAUAAAACCUUAAUGUUUCGCUAUUCAAUAGUAAUUCAUAAGUACUUGUAUAUGUUUUUUAACCGUAUAUACUAUGUCAAUAAUAUAGUAGUGG